GAGAGAAAGUAACAGAUGGGCUUGUGAGGAUUAAGUGAAAUCUGGGUGGGUUUGUGCUAGAAACUCACCCAAGAAAGACGAGCGUAAGGGAGAGGGAAAGUGAGGGAGGGAGAAAAGGUGAAGAAAGUGAAUCUCGUAGAGAGGACGAAGGAGUGUAGAGGGUCGAUGUCUCUGAAGGCCUUAUAUGAUGGUUGGACAGACGUUACGAUCGUCAGAUCAAGUGGGAUUAACCAGAUUCACCUAGUACAGGGAGAUUAACACAGAUUCAUGAGGAUUACGGGCCAACAGAGAGGUAGAUUGAGAGAUUGGACUAAUCAUUACAUCAAAUCACAAUCUUCCUAAGAAAGCCGAGAUGUGCGGGAAGAACAGAAUAUGUCCUGAGAAAAAGGAGACAGGAGAGAAGGAUUAGGGGUUGUAUAAAACGUGGUGAAAUUGAAGUGUUUCUCUUCCAGGACACAACUGUAUAACAGCGAACACAUGCCAAAUCCAUGUCAUGAAACUGGAAACAUGGGAUGUAGCAUACAGACGAAAAAUAAAAAAUUUAAGAAAAAUUCAUUCAUUCAAUUUUUCUUCCCAAAUCUAAAGCUGAAAAGCUCUUUGCCUGAUUGCCCCAGUUCAAUGACUGCUUUGAUUUGCUAAUUAAUCAUCACAAGUCGUUAUUGAGGGACCACAGCUGGAUCAGCGUGUAAAGGAGGAAUAUCGAGAGGACUAGUUGGAGUAGAGAAUGACAGAGGCUAGAGGCUAGCUAGUCCUCAUCUGCAUCCAAUCCAUCUGUCUCACUCAACAGCGAGAAAAUCCUCUAAAUUCAUUUUACUCCGCUCCAUUGACCCCUGACCCCGUGUUUUAUCUAUUCCCUUCUUCUUCUUCUUCUUCUUCUUCUUCUUCUUCUUCACUCCCUCCCUUUAUCCCGCCCCUGCCUAAUCUCCUCGUCUCAUCUCAUCCCUCCAUCCCAUAAUUUUCUCACAGUUUCCUAAUCCCACUCCCCAUAACCAUCCCUCUGUCAAACCCCCUCCCCACUCCCAUUUCUCUACUCUAUAUCUCUCCAUUCCAUUCCCCUCAUUCUGCCUUGUCAUUGAGUUCCCCCACAGUUCUCUCCUCAUCAUUGUCAAUGCCCUCACUCUAGCUGAUCUCUCAUCAGUCCUCUGUCAUCCCUGUGUCCAUCCUCUAACCAGCACCCUCACCGUGUUUCACCAUCCUUCGUCUCAAGCUCCUUUUGAGACACCCCGUCUCUCCCUAUCUCUCGCUUCUCUUCCCUGCCUGUCUCCCACCUCUGUCUCUCUAUUGGAGGACCACUAUUUAUUCUAGCAGUAGCCCUCGCCCCACACCCAUAAGCCACCAUGCUGGAGAACAUGUCACGAUGCAACCGCUCCCUGCUCUCCUUGUCCCUGACUUCGCUGGCCCUGGCACUGUCCAUUCUGGCCUUUUGCACCUCGUACUGGUGCGAGGGGACCCACAAGGUUGUCAAGCCCCUCUGCCUCUCCCCGGUCAAGUUGAAGAACUGCGGGCAGAACAACAGCCAGCCCUACACCACAGAGAGUCCCACUCUGGACCCUAAGACGCCGGCAAACAACGUCACCUUGUCGCCCAUGGAAAAGGAAGAGCAGGCGAGGCUUCGGAAAAAGGCCCUCGCCAACGCAGUGCACUACAUCUGGGAGACAGGCGAGGACAAGUACAUGCUGCGCUACUUCCAUACAGGUUUCUGGUUGUCCUGCGAGGCACACAACGAGGAGGAGAAGUGCCGGAGCUUCAUUGAAUUGACUCCAGGGGAGACACAAGGGGUGCUAUGGCUGUCAGUAGUAUCAGAGUUUGCGUACAUAGGCCUGUUGGCCAUGGGCUUUCUCCUCAUGUGGGUGGAGGUGCUGUGUCUCUGUGCCCGUAAGGAGAUGUACGCUCUCAAGAUCAACGCCUUUGCCGCUAUAUGCACUGUCCUUUCAGGUCUGAUGGGGAUGGUGGCUCAUAUGAUGUACACCACAGUGUUCCAGUUGACUGUGAGCAUUGGGCCAAAAGAUUGGAGACCACAAACCUGGGACUAUGGCUGGUCAUUUGCUCUGGCCUGGAUCUCCUUCAGCUGCUGCAUGGCGGCGGCUGUCUUCACCCUCAACUCCUACACCAAGACGCUGAUAGAGAUGAAGCACCGCGGCCGCGUUCGUCUGGAGGAGGCCCGGGCAGCCAUACAGGCACCCUCCUACGACGAGGUGUUGCAGGCGGCUGGGGGCGUCUACUCAGUUAGCAGCCUGAUCCAGCAUUACCAGCAGGGGGCGUUGAUUGACCCCAUGUGUGAGGGGAGGGGGCCGCUGGUGGGCCCGGGGCCGGGGGUUCCAGACCCCAGAGGGCUGGUGAUGAUGGCUGGUGGCUGUGGGACAGAGGGGUGCGAGGACUGCGAGAGAGAGAUGGACGAGAUUGAGGAUGCCCUGGACAGGGAAGAGAGGGAGGAGAUGGAGAGAGAGGACUGUGAGAGGUGCUGAGGGAAGGGAGGAGGAGGGGUUAAAAAUAGGUUCUGGCCUAUUUAUUUUUCUUACAUGUUUUGGAUUUAACUGUGAAAUGGACUGUGCUUGAGUUCAGUCAUUGCAGUGAUAAUUAUUUCAUUACCUCAGUCCAUGAAUUAAAUCUGAGUAGAUAAAGCUCUGUAAAACCAAACACAGAGAGUGAUAUGUAUUGUCCGGGUAGAGAUUGAUAUAGACAAUCACUAAGAAAUGCCUGGCAUUGGCCACAUUUAACAUGUAUAGUAUAUCUCAUUUUUAUUCGAUUGUAUUUAUGGUAACCCUGUUAUUACUAUCCUGAUAUUGAUAGUA